AUGAUGUCUCUUCCGGGAGUUUUUCUGUUUUCUCACUACGUAGAAAGCUUAUGGAGUACGCCGCCACCGUUAGUGGACUGGUCAUGUGUGCCGACUCUGGUAUUGGCCGUAACACUAGUUGUCGUAGUUGCGACAGCGCUGGUGGCACGAACAGCAGAAAACAAACAGUCUACUCGAUUACCCGGACCUCAACCUUUGCCGUUUCUGGGUACUAGAUGGCUGUUCUGGAGUAGAUAUAAGAUGAAUAAGCUUCAUGAAGCGUAUGAAGAUAUGUUCAGGCGUUACGGGCCCGUAUUCGUGGAGACGACACCGAGCGGCGCUUCAAUAGUUUCGAUUGCCGAAAGGGCAGCACUGGAAGCUGUACUUAGAACACCAGCGAAGAGGCCGUAUCGACCCCCCACCGAGAUUGUACAAAUGUACCGAAGAAGCAAGCCUGAACGAUACGCCUCCACGGGACUCGUAAACGAACAAGGAGAAAAAUGGUAUCAUCUUCGCAAGCACUUGACUGGAGAACUGACGAGCCCUAGUACUAUGCAGGGCUUUCUACCAGAACUCAAUAACAUCUGCGACGAUUUUCUCGUUCUUUUGGACUUCUGCAGAAGAAGUGACGGCACUGUCGUUGGCUUUGAUCAACUUACUAACAGAAUGGGACUAGAGUCGGUGUGCGGUCUAAUGCUGGGAACGAGGCUCGGAUUCCUGGAACGUUGGAUGUCUGGCCGAGCUGCAACAUUAGCCACCGCGGUCAAGGCACACUUCAGGGCACAACGAGACUCCUACUACGGAGCACCUUUGUGGAAAUUCGCACCUACCACUCUCUAUAGAACAUUUGUGAGAAGCGAAGAAACCAUUCACACGAUAGUAUCGGAGCUGAUGGAGGAAGCGAAGUUAAAGAAACAAGGCACUGCCAACGAUGAUGCUAUGCGCGAAAUUUUCAUAAAAAUUCUAGAGAACCCAGCUCUAGACAUGAGAGAUAAAAAAGCCGCAGUUAUUGACUUCAUUACAGCUGGGAUUGAGACGCUAGCGAAUAGUCUGGUGUUCUUGUUAUACUUACUGAGUGGAAGACCGGACUGGCAAAGGACCAUUCGUGACGAGCUACCUUCAUGCAGUACGUUAAGUGCAGAAGAUAUAGCUGCAGCGCCUUCAGUCCAUGCAGCCAUCUAUGAAGCUUUUAGACUUUUACCUACGGCUCCGUUUUUGGCCAGACUUCUGGAUGCGCCAAUGACCAUUGCUGGGCAUAAGCUUCCUGCUGGGACUUUUGUACUAGCUCAUACGGGUGCAGCCUGCCGUCGCGAGGAGAACUUCUGUCGCCCUGGAGAGUUCCUACCGGAGCGUUGGCUUCAACCGAUGACUCCGCACGCUGCGUCGUUAGUAGCGCCUUUCGGACGCGGGAGGCGAAUGUGUCCCGGAAAACGAUUCGUCGACCUGGAGCUGCAUCUGCUGCUCGCUAAGAUAAUGCAAAGAUGGCGCGUGGAGUUUGACGGCGAGUUAGACAUUCAAUUCGAUUUUCUACUAGCACCGAAAUCCCCAGUAUCAUUGCGUCUAGUCGAGUGGUAA